UUGCGAUGAGCCAGCGGAUCGCGACAUCGGGAGCUGCAUGAUAUGCGAAAAGCACAUGUGUUCUUCACACGCCCGCUACGACCUUCACGUUUGUCCACACGCAUAAGCCAGCAUCUCUCCAUGACAUAGACUCUUAUCUUGACCGAAGCGCAGGACAAUGGUCUCCAAAACUACCACGGGUCCUAUGGCGUAGCCAAGAAACGACAUCUCGCUGCUCUGUUAGCUAGCUCGCUGUCCAAUCCACAACUGAGCAGUGAACACAAGACGGAGACCAGCCCCGGCCAUGACCCCGGGCCCCGACCCAACGGCUCGGAGCGGGGUCGGCAGUUCGCUCAGAUUGGAGAACCCACAUGUUGCUUGGAAUUUGGCACGGAAUAGCGGUCUGCGCCGACGGGAGUUAACCAUGGCUCGACGGAGCGCGGUGCGAGGCCCAAUUGCCGUCGGGGCUAAAACAAGGACCGCGACCCCCCCUUCUCGUUAACAAGGUCGCGUCUUACACACCUGAUCCCACCUCCGUCCGUCUGCAAUCGUCCAACGACGCUCAACACCGCACGGCACACGGACCGGACAGAAUGUCAGGCGACGACUUCCCGCGGCUCCCGCCGUCUGGCAUCAAGGUGCUGGUCGUCGGGGCGGGCUUCGCGGGCCUCGCGGCGGCCAUCGAGUGCGACCGCAAGGGCCACUCGGUGACGCUGUUCGAGAAGGCCGACGACGUGGACGAGCUGAUGCGCAUCGGCGACAUCAUCAGCUUCGACCCGAACGGGUCCCGCGCGUUCGAGCGCUGGCCGGGCGUGGUGGACGCCAUGGAGGCCAUCGCGCGCCAGACCUCGUGGCUCGACCUGCACCACCACCAGGGCCGCUUCGUGACCCGCCAGUCGUUCGCCCACGAGAGGGCCUGGGGCCGGCGCAUCAACGGCCACCGCGGCCAGCUGCACAACAUCAUCUACCGCCACGCCGUGGCGCGCGGCAUCGACAUCCGCCUGGGCUGCCGCGUCGAGGACUACUUCGAGACCGACGACCCCCCCCAGGCCGGCGUGGUGGUCAAGGGCGAGCGCAUCGCCGGCGACGUGGUCAUCGCCGCCGAGGGCGUGCGGUCGCGGGGGCGCAAGAUCGUGCUCGGCUUCGACGAGAACCCCAAGUCGUCCGGCUACGCCGUGUACCGCGCCUGGUUCCCGGCCGACCGGAUCCGCGACAACCCGGUGCUGCGCCACCUGGUCGUCAACGGCGAUACGCACCAGGGGUUCAUCGGGCCCGACAUCCACUUCCUCGCGUCGAGCAUCAAGAACGGGUCCGAGGUCAACUGGGUGUUCACGCACAUCGACGACGGCAACAUCGAGGAGAGCUGGCAGUUCCCCGGCAAGCCCGAGGAGGCGCUCCGCUAUCUCGACGGCUGGUGCCCCGUCGUGCGGGAGCUGGUCAAGGCGACCCCCGACGGCCGGCUGAUCGACCACAAGCUCGUGUACCGCGACCCGCUGCCGACCUUCAUCUCGCCGCGGGGGCGCAUCGCCCUGAUCGGCGACGCCGCCCACCCGUUCCUGCCCACGUCCAUCCAGGGGGCCAGCCAGUCGAUCGAGGACGGCGUGGUGCUGGCGACCUGCCUGGAGCUGAGCGGGCGGCGCGACAUCCCCAGGGCGCUGCGCGCGUACGAGAGGCUGCGGUACGAGCGCGUGCACCGCGCCCAGGCCAUGGGCCCCAAGACGAGGGAGCGCUGGCACAAGGCCGACUGGACCAAGGUGUGGAAGAACCCGGAGAUGCUCCACCUGAUCCGGGAGCCGUGGCUGCUGAACUUUGACGCCGAGAAGGACGCCUACGACAGGUACGGGCAGGUGGUGGCGGAGCUGGACACAGUCAAGGCGCGGCUGUAGGGACGGGUCUGGGGGCAGUAGUAAAGAUGCAGACAGACGCAGACCAGACGGGUUGGCUCAAGCCGCGCUGAAUUCCAACUGGCGUUUGGGCCGGGAAAGUUGCGCGAACCUGGCAGCUUGAGAUCGUAAUCAGAGGCGUCAGGCAGCUACGGAGCAGCUAGCUGCCUGUGAAUGCCGACUGUUUCCGCCUGACUGCACUGACACUCCAAUCGUUGUGUUAUGGCCGGCAGAUAGUCCACAACCUUCUGCUUGAAUACGCCCUCCCUGACCGGCUCCUCGGCCGAUUCGAUCACCCAUUUUUCUUUGCAUUUCGAUUCGUUGCAUUCAUUUCUAAGAGCUUGGCUCUCUGAUCAGAUGUAAAUGAAUAAGUGGCCUGCGGCCGAUCU